AUGGAUCUUUUUGAUACCACGGCAUACUUCUCAUCAAAGGUUCCUGUAAUUGCAGCAUCGAAGCCAUUAUUGAAAUCUGCAGUAUGUGCUCUUGCCGCAAAGCACCUGUGGCAUCUAUAUAAUAUUGCGAACGAAACCAAAAAGCGCAACAGCCAUGCUCUUUCUUUGAUACGCAAGAAUAUCUGGCAUUAUCAAGCGGCAAAGUAUUACGACCAGGCCCUUUGCUUUUUGAAGACAGCGAUCGACUUGGGGACGUAUAUUGACAACCCCGGCGAAAAGGAAGAGAUGCUCGCCGCUGUAGCCAUACUAUGCACCUACGAAUUGAUGGAUGCCCCUGGCACGGCCGAAACUCAGACGCGUCUUGACCUGAAGGAUGUGCGUUUCUGGCAGAAUGCAGGUCUAGCGACAGACGAGCAUGGCGUUCUUCUACCAUUAACCCCCCUAAGCUCUAUGGACAUGGGUAAUACUGGAGAGAAUGAAGAAGUCAUAAAAGCCAAUGAACUCACGUGGCUUCUUGGUAAAAUCGCCAAUCACCUCACUGCCGGAGAUUCCUUAGUCCCUGAGGACUAUGUUCUUCCUCGCGGGCAGCGACCGCAAAUUGGGUUGACUCAGGAAUAUCUCACAGAUCGGUGGAACAUGCUGAUGACCGAGUUGGAGACUUGGCACGAUUGUCUUCCAUCGGCCUUUACUGUAACUGCGCGAACUCGAGCAUCGAGUCUAGACAGCUUCGAGCAGAUUUGGUUCGACCUGCCUUUAUGCGCUGCGACAAUACAAAGCUAUCACCAAGCAAUGAUACUGUUAUUAGUUAACAGACCACAAGAAUCUACGGCAAUUCGGUCAACGGUGUCUGCGCGGCUAAGGUCUUAUCGACAUGCUUUGAAAGAGGCCGCGCACCACGCCAGAGAAAUCUGCGGUAUCAGUCUUGCGAGUCCGACAGAUUCGGUUCGGAUCAACUCUGUUCAAGCUUUGUUUGUUGCUGGCCAGGUGUUCGAGGAUCGACACGAACAGGAUGCCGUUCUCGAAAUUCUGUCCCAAAUUGAAGCGGAUUUGGGCUGGACCACAAAAUAUCAUGUCGCGAAAUUGAUAGAUGAAUGGGCAAGAGAAUGA